GCAACACUGUCCUGAGACUCUGUUAAGGCAGCCAGGGGUUACCAAAUCCCAGUUGGGGCUUAUCAAGACAUUUUGUUGAGUCUUGACCCUGGAAAUCUUAUCUAAUCACACCUCUGACGAGAGGAUGCUGAGGUAGACAGGAUUCUCAUAGGACUCAGAGGAGAAGUAAGGUGUGGAAGAGGAUGGCGGGGCCGACAGGACUCUUCUCCUACAGCAACUUGGUGCACGCCAUCGCUGGCGGCUGUGUGAGUCCUCGCCACCAUAUUAUUCCAAGCGGGAUCUGCCGUGGCAAUGUCGGCUCUCUUUCCUCUCGACACAGUCAGAACAAGACUGCAGUUGGAGGAGAGCCAGACGAGCCGGAACACAUUUGUCAUGAUGGCCGAAGUGUACAAGCAGGAGGGACUUGCUGGCUUGUACCGUGGUCUUCUUCCUGUGAUAGAAUCAUUAUAUUGCUCCAACUUUGUUUAUUUUUAUACCUUUCAUGGAUUAAAACGAAUAGCUAACGAAGAUAAGUCUGCACUACGAGAUCUCCUACUGGCAAUGGUUGCGGGAUCAAUCAAUGUAAUGACCACCAAUCCGCUAUGGGUUGUGAACACUCGCUUGAAGAUGCAGGGAGCUAAGGUCGUUACCACUCAGCGCACUGCGUCACGCAGGUAUAAGGGUAUGCUAGACGGAUUAAUACAUGUUGGACAAGAAGAGGGGUUAUCUGGUCUCUGGUCGGGUUCUGGUUCUUCCCUGAUUCUCACGGUCAAUCCUGCAAUCCAGUUCAUGGCUUACGAAGCAAUGAAGCGUAACAUGCAGAGAGUAUAUGGCACCAGGCAGCUUAACUCCAUUGUGGUGUUUGCUGUUGGUGCAGCAGCUAAGGCUAUUGCUACAGUCCUGACUUACCCCAUCCAGCUGGUACAAGCCAAGCAGAGGCAUGGCCACAACUAUGAAGGAUUGCCACAGAAGGCUGGUCUUAUUCCCAUCAUGCUGUAUAUUAUCAGGAAAUACGGCUUCAGAGGCUUGUUCAAGGGUCUGGAAGCCAAGAUUCUGCAAACAGUGUUGACAGCUUCACUUAUGUUUGUCUUCUAUGAGAAGAUUGUCGGCUUUGUGUUUGCCAUUCUUACAGGCAACAGGAAGACCACCAUUAAGCAUUAAAUUGUCUUCUAGUCAUUAUAGUUAUAAUAGUAUGCUGAUGAAUUCCAGUAAAGCUAUCUAUUUAGUUAUGGAAUAUGCUUUGUCUUCAGGGACAUUAAUUAGUGAUUUUAGGUUUUUAGAAUGCUUGUAUGGUGGGCAGUUGUUCAAGACUGGCCAUAGUUUGAUGUAUGCAAUUGAUGGUUGUUUUAAGAGAGUGAGUAAUAUUUAUGUAGACCGAUGCGAAUUGUUAUUGAUGUGUGUGAGAGAAGAGUUUUAAAAGUGAAUGUGUACUGAAAUAAAGUUAUGGUGGUAGGGAGAGAAAGAAAGUUUGUGUUGAGUAAAUAUUGAAGCUGUACGAUGAGCUCCAACCUGGACUUGUCAUGUCCUAAAAGUGGUCAAUCAGUUUUUAAUAUCUGGGUAUAUGUGAUUGAUACAGAAGGAAUUUGGGAAAACAAAGUUGAAUGUAGUGUGUUAUGGAAAGGAAGUGACUGGUGGAAUGACAGCCAUGGUUAGAAGAACAAGAUAGUGGGAGAUGAAACAAGAGGGUUGUAUAAAUUAGAGGUGGUGUAUACACCCUUAAAAUUCCCAUUGAAGGGGAACAGAAAACCUGUACUUAGGCUUAUUGAGAUCCCCCUAGGCCAACUACAGUGUAUUGACUUUAUCCAUAAUGCAACCCACAACAAUUGCCUAAGUCCCAGGUACCUAUUUAACUACGAGAUGAACAAAGGCAUCAGGUGAUAGGAAACAUUCCCAACCGCUUCUAUCCUGCCCGAGGAUUGAACUCGGGUUCCUCAGUUCCUCAGCCAAGGAAAUACACCAUAUACACAAUUUGGUGUGAUAUGAAUAUAAAAAAUCAAGAAUUAAUGUAGUAGGGUUUUAUAGUCUGAUAAUCUUAUGUAGUAUUAAGAACAUGAGCAUACAGGAAACUAGAAAGCCUAAUGGCCCAUAUGAGGCAACUCCUAUCCAUCCAAAACUCCUCAUCCAACCAAACUCAUUCGUAUAUAUGUGUAGCGUGUGCAUGAAGCAGUACAGAGAUCCUACAUCUAUUAUUUUACCGGUAAAUUGUUCCAUAUGUCGUCCACCCUAAUUUCAAACCAGUAUUUACUCAGGUCUUUCCUGAAUCUAAACUUAAUCAACCUGUAUCCAUUUUUUUUCAUAUUUCAGAUUCUUUUAUGACAAUAAGAUAAGCAAUGAAAAUGUCAUAAGAUGUGUAGUAGAACAGUUAAUAAAAUACAAGAUUGAGGAGAGUGUACUGCAAUGGUUCGGUUACAUUGAAUGAAUGAAUGAUGAUAGACUGGUGAAUUUGAGUGUAGGAGGGGGUUGAAGGCCUGGAAGAAGACAGGUAGACACGAUGUGUGUGAGUGUGUGAGAAGUGUAAACAACACACAGGAUAUGGUAGGGGAAUUAUGCUGGGUGUUGAUGUGGAGGGUGUGAAUAUGUUUUUAUUGUAUAUGACAGCUCAUAAGCACUAUGAUACACUUAGGCUUAUGUGAGAGGUGGUGUGCUUGUGGUGAGGCUUUUCCUCCUUGAGGCUACCCAGUGGGCAAUACAUGCUUGAGUGAAUAUUUAAUGAACAAUAAGAUCGACAGUGAUUAAUCUUUUAUGCAGUAUCGUUUGCUAGGAAGAUGCUUUUUUUUUUUUCUCCGGGCUGAUUCAUCCCUUCUAGUGAAAGUGAGACUGGGGUUAAUGAUGAUAAUUAUAAUGUCUUCUAAAUCCAUUUUCAAGGAAAAAGCUUUAGAAAUGUCAGGUUAGAUACUAAUAAUUGAUACAUUAGAUAUUAAUUAUGGGUAGGUUAGCUAUGUACUAAUAGAAAUAAUUUUGUAUACCAUACCUUUCUGCAGUUUUAACACAGAACGUAACUGAAACUCAACAACACGAUCCCUAUUAUGUGCAGUAUUUGUUAUGUUAUUUAGUUUUGAAGGCAAACUUGUUUACUAUCUGUACAAUAAACGUUUUUGAAGUCAUUCUGUAAUACAGUACUCGUUUGUAUUACAGAAUGACUUCUCUAAUACUCUUGGCAGUAUUUUAACUGAAAUAUUGAGAAAAAUCUCACUCAUCUGUGUUUACUCUCCAUUCUUUGUGUCGUUGAUGACUUGCUCUCCAUGGGAAUGGGCAUUAGAUGUAGUAAAGUUUUGAUUAUUAUCAAUAGGUUUGCUUCUACUGUAUGUAGAAAAUGGAUAUUGUUUAUCAAUAAAAUUGCUUAAAAAAUCCUGAAUCUGCAUGUAUGCUGCACUGGGAAAAGGUGCUGGGUUUAAUUUGAAUUGUGAGUGUGUAAUAUAUGCUAGAAUUUGGUAUUCACUUAUAUUUAGAAUUUCAUAUAUGGUUAUUCGGUCAGUUUCAUAGUUUCCAUAUUGAAAGUAUGACAGCACAUAGCCUAUCUUAAAAAAAGAAAAUUGUCUCCACACCUUAAAAAACAAGAAUAAAGGACACUUCAUGAGGCCUAUUGGGACAUAGUGUCAGCUGCUAUUAUCCUAUUUAUAUGGCUUUGAAGAUCUAACAUCAGUGAUGAAAAUAUGUUCCGAAGAUUUCUUUUCAGUGUCCUUUAGGGUGCAGUUUGUUAAUUUAUAGAGUGAGGGAUGUGGUACUGUGGCAUGGUUGUAUAGAAUAACUUGGUAAUGAAAUAGCAGUGAAGAAAGUGCCUGCUGUUAUGUAUGACCAAAUUUUAAGAUAGGAAAGUAAAGUAAAGGUCUCGGCAGAUAUAAAGAGUGUGAAAAAAUAUCGUCUACUUGUGGCAAAUACACACGUCACAUUGAUGAGACAAGAAACCAUUUUUUAGUACCAGUACUGUACUGUAUUUUGCAGUCGCAUGAUUUUUUUAACUGUAUUUGCUGGCAGAUAGGACACAUGUUUUUGGUCCACCACCAACUGUGUGUGUGUAUAUAAAUAAAAUAGGGGAUACCACCUCUGGUGCAAUUGUAAGGACCCAUAGCCUUGAAGGAGAAAAUAAAUAGUAUUCAGAGAAGGCCUUUUGGAUUCUCACUGAAUACUUUAAUAUUUUCUUCUACCACCCCCAUUUUUUUUUUUAUUACAUUGCUACAGUUUACAGAAAACACACGCACAUAUAUGAAUCACUAUUCGAUGACCUCAUCAGCUCUUCGGAGGUUUUAUAUAUACUGUACAGUAUAUGUUUUUUUAUUUAUUUACUUAUUUAUUUAUUUAUUGUAUUUACAUGCACAAAAUCAUAUGUUUUCCCCUGCAAUACCACUUGAACAUCACUUUCAAUAAAUGUAUAGUAGAGUAUAACAUACUAAAGUUGUUUUGUCCACAAACAGUUUGUGUAAAUGAAUGGUCUUAUGCACAGGCAAAUAUUGUUGAUGUGGAACACUUUUACACCUGGUGUAUGAAAUCACCAAAAUAUUGCUGUACUCUCUAAGUUUACCAGUGUGUGUGUGUGUGCUGGUACGGUGUUUGUUUAACUGGGAAAAUACCCCAAAAAGUUGGGUGACACAUUUGAUGUAACUUUUACUUUUUUUUACCCCUAGUAUUUUUCAUCUUAUUCUUGAGGAUUACCUUUCCAUUCACUGAAACUAUAAAAUGAUAAUGUUAAUUUUGGACAUGAAUUUGGACAUGAUUCACGAAGUGAAUUAAUCUGCAGUUACUUAUGUCAAGAUAAUAUAAAAUGCAUGAAAUGUGAGGGUUGUUGAAGCACAUAUUCAGGCUUUGGAUGACAAAAUAGAAGAUUACAGAGAAUAAGAUAAUUGUAAAAUAAAUUGGAAAUAAUGAUGUGGAUGGGAAAGUGUAAUGCAGUAUAUAUGAAGAAUAUUGAGCAGUCAAUUGUGAGAAUGAUAAAAUAAUUAAUCACAUGUAAACAUACUAUUUAUCAAAAUGAAGCGCACAAAGAUAUGUAAUUUAUGUUCUUGUAUUGUUUGCAUGUUUAUACAAUUUAUUAUUUAAUUUAUGGUUUAUUUAGCAUAAAUAACAGGUACCUAUUUACUGCUAGGUGAACAGAGGUAUCAGGUGUAAAGUACUCUCUAGUCCAACUACUGACCUUCUCCAAGCUGUACGGUACAACAGUUGCCUAACUCCCGGGUUCUUCUUUACUUCUAGGUAAGCAGAGGCAUCGGGUAUAAUAAAAUGUGCCUAAACAUCAUUUCCUCUUCAGGAAUCAUACCCAGGACCUUUUGAUUGUGAGCCAACUAUGCAGACCACUGUACCACAGGACUCAUUAUAUUUUAUUACAUUCACUUGUUCCUUUCCUCACACUUGCCCCUUUAUGUGAUAGAUUAAUUAUUUGUAUAAAAAUUAAUUACCACACAUUUUGUACCUGGAUGAGGUUCUGGGAGUUCUUCUACUCCCCAAGCCUGGCCAAAGGCCAGGCUUGACGUGUUAGAGCUUGGUCCAACAGGCUGUUGUGUGGAGCGACUCGCAGGCCCACAUGUUGACCACAGCCCGGUUCGUCCAGCACUUCUUGAAGAAAACUGUCUAAUUUUCUCUUGAAGAUGUCCAUGUUUGCUCCGGUAAUAUUUCUUAUGCUCGCUGGGAGGAUGUUGAACAACUUUUGACAUCUGAUGUUUAUACAGUAC